GUCGCUAGUUUUUUCGCCACUUUAAAGAGAGAUUGAGAACAAACAUCCGAGUUCUGGGGGAAAGAAAUUAACCCAGAGCACUGUAUUCAGACAGACUACCCCCACUGUUGCGAAGGAGAAGUACUCAGACAAACGCAAACUUAGAACUCUCCAUGCACGCGGAGAACACAGAACAAGACCGUCUAACGGGCUUUUGAGGCAUUUUCGGUUUCCGUUUUUUUCUUUCAUUGCGUGUAGUCUAUGUGGCGCGAACAGUUAUACGAUAAUCUUGCUUGCUCUGCCUGCGGCGAGAAGAGAAGUUUGAUUGUUUGCCUAGUCGGCGGAGGGAGACACGGGAGGCUCGGGGGAAAAGUAGAGGAAGAUGGUUUGGAACGCCGCUUUGAGAAUAGUCUUGAUGUGCAUCCUGGCGCUCUUGCUUGGUUUUACGUCUGCCCCGUGCAAAGCUCGGAUUUACAGCAACCAUUGGGCUGUACGGAUAAACGGUGGACCCGACAUCGCUGAUCGGAUAGCGGGCAAAUAUGGCUAUAAGAAUAUGGGUCAGAUUGGCGACCUGAAGGACCACUAUCACUUUUUUCACAGCAGGACCAUCAAAAGGUCAACGCUCUCCAGUCGCGGUGGCCACAGCUUCAUCUCGAUGGAGCCCAAGGUGGAGUGGAUUCAGCAGCAGGUGGUGAAGAGGCGGAUCAAGAGGGAUUACAAGGCGGCCCCUCACCCUCUCUCUAGCCCCGCCCAGACUAGCCCCGCCCAGUCCAUCUUCUUCAACGACGCCAAGUGGAGCAGUAUGUGGUACAUACACUGUAACGAUGAUAUCCAUAACUGCCAGUCGGACAUGAACAUAGUGGGGGCGUGGAAGAGGGGCUACACGGGGAAAGACGUGGUGGUCACCAUCCUGGAUGACGGCAUAGAGAGGAACCACCCCGACCUCAUUCAGAACUACGAUAACCAGGCCAGUUAUGAUGUCAACGGGAAUGACAUGGACCCCAUGCCCCGUUACGAUGCCAGCAACGAGAACAAGCAUGGAACACGCUGUGCUGGGGAAGUUGCUGCAUCUGCUAACAACUCCCAUUGCACUGUGGGAAUCGCCUACAACGCACGGAUAGGUGGGGUGAGGAUGCUGGACGGUGAUGUGACGGACAUGGUGGAGGCCAAGUCUCUGAGUCUGCAGCCGCAGCACAUUGACAUCUACAGCGCCAGCUGGGGUCCUGACGACGACGGCAAGACGGUGGACGGCCCCGCCUCCCUGGCCAGGCAGGCCUUCGAGAACGGCAUCCGCAUGGGAAGAAAGGGGCGCGGCUCCAUCUUUGUGUGGGCGUCAGGAAACGGCGGGCGGAGCCGGGACCACUGCUCCUGUGACGGCUACACCAACAGCAUCUACACUAUCUCCAUCUCCAGCACCGCAGAGAGCGGACGCAAGCCCUGGUACCUGGAGGAGUGCUCGUCCACCCUAACCACCACCUACAGCAGCGGAGAGAACUACGACCGCAAGAUAAUCACCACAGAUCUGCGGCAGCGCUGCACAGAUAGCCACACAGGGACCUCGGCGUCUGCUCCUAUGGCAGCUGGGAUCAUCGCGCUGGCCCUGGAGGCUAAUCCUCUGUUGUCGUGGAGGGAUGUUCAGCACAUCAUUGUCAAGACGUCUCGAGCUGGCCACCUCAACGCCCCUGACUGGAAGACCAACACCGCUGGAUACAACGUCAGCCACCUGUAUGGCUUUGGCCUGAUGGACGCGGAGGCUAUGGUGAAGGAGGCGGAGCGAUGGAAGCAGGUCCCCGCGCAGCAUAUCUGUGUGGAGAGUGCCGACCGCCAGAUCAGGACGAUCCGCCCAGAGCACGUGGUGCGCUCCGUGUACAAGGCCACCAGCUGCAUUGACAACUUCAACCACCAUGUCAUCUACCUGGAGCACGUAGUCGUACGCAUCACCAUCACGCACCCACGCCGUGGCGACCUGUCUAUCAAUCUCACGUCCCCCUCGGGAACUAAGUCCCAGCUGCUCGCCAACAGGUUGUUCGACCACUCCAUGGAGGGCUUUAAGAACUGGGAGUUCAUGACCACCCACUGCUGGGGGGAGAAGGCGGCCGGGGACUGGAUCCUGGAGAUCCAUGAUUCCCCUUCGCAGCUCCGCAGCCAGAAAGUCCCAGGCAAGCUGAAGGAGUGGUCCCUGGUGCUUUAUGGCACCUCUGUGCACCCGUACUCCUCCCUGCGCAGUGACAAGCCUCGCUCGGCCGAGCCCCCUGCAGACGAGGAGUACAACGGGCUCUGUGACAGUGAGUGCAACGAGAACGGCUGUGAAGGCCCUGGACCUCACCAGUGCAUCAACUGCCUCCAUUACUUCCUCAAGUUCAAGAACAACACCAGGACGUGCGUGUCGGAGUGCCCCUCCGGCUUUUUCCGCGAUGACAGGAAGCGCUGUAAGAAGUGUUCGUCUCUGUGUGAGACUUGUGUUGGUAGCCGCAGCGACCAGUGCUCCACCUGCAGGCCGGGCUUCCACCUUAACGAGGCCUCCAACACCUGCGUGGCCAGCUGUGUGGACGGCUUCUAUCUGGACCACGAUUCCAACAUGUGCAGGAGAUGCAAUGAAAACUGCAAGAAGUGCAUCACAUCUAAUAUCUGCACAGAAUGCAAACCAGGGAUGAGUCUUCAGGGGAAUAAAUGUCAGAUGACCUGUGACCCCGGGACCUACUAUAAUGGCCACAGGAGGACCUGCGUGCCGUGCCACCAAGUGUGUGCCACCUGUGCAGGCACUGGUAUGGAGGCAUGUAUCAAGUGUUCAGAGAGCUACUUAAUGGAGGAGUGGCGCUGUGUGUCCGCCUGCAGCGUGGGAUACUACAUGGCCGAGCAGACUUUGGACAAUGGCGACGUCAACAAGUCCUGCAGGAAGUGUGACCACAGCUGCUACUCCUGCACAGGGCCCGGCGAGACCAACUGCAGCACCUGUGUGAACGGCUACAACCUGGAGGCAGGAGUGUGUGUGGUCAGCACCAUCUGCAAAGAUGCAAAUGAAGAAUCUUGGGCGGAAGGCAGUUUCUGUGUGCUUGUUAAAAAGAACAAUCUGUGCCAGAGGAAAGUGCUGCAGCAACUGUGCUGCAGAACAUGCUCGCUAAAAGGGUGACUGGACAUCCCGCGAGGGGACGGGGGGGGGGCGGCACCCCUCUACCACAGCCCGCUCACUCAGUUACAUAAUUUAUAAGAAAAUCUGUGCCUCUUAAGGGACUACGUCGGAGGUGUGAUGACAAAACUACAACAAACCUACCUUUUCCUGUACUGGGACAUGUGGUCAGGGCGACAGUAGCGACUGGGACUUACAAAAAAACGAAAACAAAUAAUGUGUCGGUAUUUUGUGACCAAAGCAUCGAUGCCAAAAUAAUUGUACCCUUUUCCAAUGUAGGAUGUGUAGCUUGCAGGAGGGACCCUGUGAAUCUGUUUCCCUUCAUGUUUUUUUUUCUUUCUCCUCCUUGUCAAGAUUAACGAUGCACAGGUGAAAGCUGAUGAACGUAUCAACCCCGGUUGUGUGUUUGUAAAUAAACUUAAAAGCUCACUCAAUAAUGUGAAAACUGUCUGGGUUAAGUUUGCUAUCUGCCAAGUGAGGAUACAUGCGCACAUGAACGCACGCACGAUUGUGCAAACACUUGAAUUGAUAGUUGCGAAAAUCAUGUCCCCAUUCUACAUGUAGCAAUUGUGUGCCACAGGAAUAGAGGUUGCAAAACUGUCAUCUAUAUUUCAGGUAGUGUGCGUGUGAGAGGGAGAACGUUACAGGUACCCUUGACUCACUUAGAUUCAGACACAAAUCAUUCCACAGGUCCUAAGAUGAGACAUCUGUUUAUAAAAUACUACAUUACAUAAAUCAGGGUCAUGUUUAUUAGGCAAAAAACAAGAAAACUGACUUAAACAGGGAAGGACUACCUGGGCUCGUCCAAUAGGAAACCUUUUUUUUUUUUUUUUUUUUUUUUUUUUUUUUUAAAUGUUUUCGUUGUGUGCCGUAAUGAACAAGACCCAUAUCUUACUGCUACAUGAGACCAUGGGGCCAUUGCACUUUCACAAACAGCAGCACUAUCAGGGCUUUAUUCCACAACAUUGCACGGUUAUGUCAUUCCAUUCAAACAGAGUUGGUACUGUAUUGAUCUUCUAGAUCAUCUUCUUUGAUAUGGUAGAUGUUUUUGGUUGACUUCAUUUAAAUGUUAUUCUAUCCUAGCAAGCUGCCACACAUUCAAGACAUGUCCAUGACACUAGCAAACGGCAUGCAUUUCAUAAAGGUCGUGCUCAUUAGGCACCAAACGGAAGAAAACAGACAGUAUGACAUAUUAAAAUGUUUUCUGUUGUGUGCCCUGAUGAACAAGACUCAUGUUGUAAGCGCCUCAGAGAGACUGAGAAUCCAAGACAAUGGUUGGUGCUGCAAAAUGUGACCACUGUCUGUCUCUGUCACACACAGGCUAUAGGAGUCAACUUUGUAGUGGUUGAAAAACCUGUUGAUAAAACCUAUUAUAGAAUGAAUACUGAGGUGGAUACAGCACUGUAUUCCAAUAAAGAAUAAAUAUUCUCAAUGUGGGUUUAUACCUUUUGAACAAUUACUGUAGUUGUGUUGUACUGAUGAUUUUGGUUUGAUUUGAAAUAAAAAUGUAUUGAUCCCUUUGGUUAACAGA